AUGGAGGUAGAUUCUGGGUCAGGAUUCACAAUUGUCUCCGACAAAACAGCGAGGUCGUUUUUUUUAGGGGGUAAGCUUCCUCCAUUGGAGCCAUUCCCCGCCACAUUACAAUCGUACUCGGCCUGCCGGAUACACAUCCUUGGAAUGUGUUCCGUCAAUGUAAGUUUUAAAAACAAAAGGGCUGUGCUUAAGCUGGUGAUUGCCAAGGGAAAGCGCACUAGCCUAUUGGGAACAGACUGGUUUCCUGCUUUAGGGCUGGGCAUAUCUGGGUUGAACGCCAUAACAAUAGCCCCAAACACAUUCGAGAAGCUUUAUGAGGAGUUCACACCAUUAUUUGAUGGCAGUCUGGGGUGCUAUAAAGGGCCCCCCAUUAAUUUUGAGUUGGACCAAGGGGUGACUCCAGUCCGCCUUAAACCAAGACGAGUACCAUUUGCCUUGCAGCCCAAGAUAGAGGCAGAACUCGACAAACUAGUCCAGCAAAAGGUAUUGGAACCAGUUGACUCAGCGCGGUGGGAAACCCCAAUAGUGACCCCGCUAAAGGCAAACGGGGAAGUGCGUAUCUGCGCAGACUAUAAAUGCACAAUAAAUAAGGCAAUUCGGGGAAAUUCCUACCCCAUUCCAGUGGUGUCGCAACUGCUAGCAAAGUUGGCGGGAGGCAAGGUAUUUGCAAAAAUUGAUCUUGCCCAGGCGUACCAGCAGUUACCUGUAACACCACAGACCGCAGAGGCUCAGACUAUUGUAACCCACAAAGGAACAUUUAAGGUAAACCGAUUGCAAUUUGGAGUAAGUGUAGCUCCGGGAAUAUUCCAGGGCAUUAUGGAAAGGUUAUUAAGGGAAGUACCGGGCACACUCGUGUAUUUUGAUGAUGUCCUAAUAUCGGGAAGGAACCCCCACGAGCUGGAAAGCCGCAUCAGACAGGUGCUUUACAAGUUCCAGGAAGCUGGACUCCAUCUAAAAAAGGAGAAAUGUAUUUUUGGAGUUCCUACGGUGGAUUUCCUCGGUUACACCAUUGAUGCUGAGGGAGUGCACCCCAUGGAAAGCAAGGUUAGGGCCAUCGCUAAUGCACCCAAACCCAGCAACAAAACGGAACUCCAAUCAUUUUUGGGUCUGAUAAACUUUUACCAUGCGUUUUUACCGCACAAAGCAGCGGUGGCAGAGCCCUUGCACAGGCUUCUGCAGAAGAAGAGCGUCUGGCAUUGGGGAAAGCCGCAGCAAAAGGCUUUCGAAACCAUAAGGGGAAUGUUGUCUGCUGAGAGCGUUUUGGCACAUUAUGACGAAACGAAGCCCCUCGUACUUGCUUGUGAUGCAUCGCAAUAUGGGUUGGGAGCUGUGCUCAGCCACAGAGAGGCGGAUGGGUCAGACAGACCCAUCUCAUUCUAUUCAAGGACUCUUACUUCCACCGAGAGGAACUACGCGCAGAUUGACAGAGAGGCAUUGGCUGUGGUAGCGGGGGUUAAGAAAUUCUAUGACUAUGUGUAUGGGCGAUCGUUCCUAAUCGAAACGGACCACAAGCCAUUACUAGGCCUGUUUAACCCCAACAAACAAACUCCUCAAAUCCUGUCUCCUAGAAUGCUCAGGUGCUCAAUCUUUUUAAAUGGGUUCCAAUAUAAAAUAUGUCAUGUGAAAGGGAAAUUGCUCUGUCACGCAGACGCCCUCAGCCGGCUGCCACUCCAGGGAACUGGUGAUUGUGAUCCAGCACCAGCGGAACAGGUCACGAUGUUGGAAACUCUGCCAGGCGCUCCUGUGACCGCGGAAGAAGUGGCGGCCAGGACGCGAAAGGACCCCACACUCUCCCGAGUCCUCGCCUGGGUAGGGAGGGGGUGGCCCAGUGGGGGCCAAGAAGAAAAAUUCCGCCCAUUCGUAAUGCGGCAGCAUGAGUUGUCACUUCAUAAGGGGUGCAUACUGUGGGGGGACAGGGUGGUCAUUCCGAACCCACUGAGGAAUCGCAUUCUAGAGACCUUGCACAUGGGGCACCCGGGAAUGGUCAGAAUGAAAUCCCUGGCACGUUGUUAUGUGUGGUGGCCAGGGAUGGAUAAGGAAAUAGAAAUGUGGGUAAACACGUGCAAAACAUGCCAAGAGGUUCGACCUGAGGUUCCCGGGGCACCUAUUCAUUGGUGGGAACAGUCAAAGGCGCCAUGGAACCGUCUUCACAUAGAUUUCGCGGGCCCCUUUCAAGGGAAAACAUUUUUGGUUGUGGUCGACGCAUACUCGAAAUGGUUGGAGGUAGCCUUAGUUUCCAGUCCCACAUCAGCAGCCGUUAUCAAAGUUUUAAGGCGCUUGUUUGCCACGCAUGGUCUGCCAGGAACAGUGGUGUCAGACAAUGGGGCAGCAUUCGUGUCAAAUGAGUUCAGAGGGUUCCUUGCUGACAAUUUCAUACGAGGAGUAACCUCUGCCCCUUUUCACCCCUCCUCUAAUGGUCAAGCAGAACGAAUGGUGCGAACCGCAAAAGGGGCUAUUUCACGUCUAAUGGAGGGUGACUGGGCAGCCCGAAUAGCUCGUAUGCUAUUCUUGCAGCACGCCACACCCUGCACAGCCACUGGAAAAUCACCAGCUGAGCUGCUGUUAGGCCGAAGGUUGGUGACAGUCCUGGACUUUGUGCAUCCAGAUAGGAUGCCCUCGCGUCCAGCACGGGAGCCACCCCCACCUGAAGGGGAUAGAACGAGACACUUUAAUCCGGAGGAUCUCGUGUGGGUGAGAAAUUAUGCCAGAGGUCCGAUUUGGGUUCCGGGAGUCAUUUCACGGGCCACCGGUCCCGUGUCAUAUCAUGUCACGUUAUCACAAGGUCAGGUCUGGCGCAGGCAUGUGGAUCAGCUGAGACGCAGGAUACCCAGCCGGAGUGAUGCCGAGGAACCUAACGCCUCUGCAUUAAAUGGGGAGUCGCCAUCCCCGAGCCAGGUAGAGACACCUGCACUGGUUAAUGCCCCGCCAGGGCAGACAGUCGGUGCACUACCCGCUGAAAACACAGAGUUGGCGGAAGAAAAUGAGCUGGGGGAACCAUUAGCAGGGACAGGGGUAGCCAAUACACCCGAGGAGAUCCCUCAGCCGCCAAUGCCUCAGGUCACAACACCAGAGGUGAGACGAUCGGGUAGAGAUCGCAGGAAGCCACAGUUCCUGAAAGACUACGUGUGUCAUUCCCGCUAA